GAGCCCCCGUCCCUGCUGGAAGAGCCGGUGCCCGCCCACCUGCGCCGGCCGGGUGGGAUCCGCGCUCCUCUCCGCUGCGUUUCGGCGUCACGUGGCUCUGAGCCCCCUUUGCGGGCUGCUCCCGUUAAGCCCCGGGAAAGCGCCCGCGCGCCGGGCCGUAGCAGGGGAGGGAGGCCGCGGUGCGGAGCUGCGGUCCGACACGUGUGCUGUGGGGCAUCGGCCCUGCGGAGCCCUGGCGUGUGCGGGCACGGGGGACUGAGGUCACUUGGGAGAGGAGCGCUCCCACGCGGGGCCGCGGCCUCGGAGCAGGGCUGAGCAACCUGACCGGCUGUGCCUGCGUUUUCGCAGGACGUGAGAGGCUUGGGAGGUGCUGCGGGCCUGCAGGAGGAGGUGGACGAGGGGAGCUGCUCCCUUGCCACCGGCCUGCUUGAUGCUGGGGGAGCAUCAAACUCCUGCUCCGGGCGGGGGUGACGCGGGGAGAGCGGCCGCAGACAAAGGCCCUUGUGGCAGGGGGAAGGAAGCAGGGUCUGUCAGACCGGGCCCCGCUGAGGGGCCAGGCGCACGGGGAUGAAUAAAGCAUCUCUGUCCUGUGAUCCCACAGUGAAACGCAGCCCGGACAGGUCUCUCCCCUCACGGGGCAGAUGUAGAGCCCAGGAUGUUAUCCUCCGGGAUGUUAUCCUCCACGACAGCCACUGGGAUCCCGCGGCACAGCUCCCCAGAGCACAUCCGUGCUGUGUGCUGGCUCCCAUUACGCAGCCCGCCGCUACACCCCUGGGAGCUGAAGGAGAGCCUCAGGAAGUGACGGCACCCAGAGUGACUUCAGCCUUUUUUAACUUGGGGCACCAGGACAGAGCCGAACGCCCCAGUCUGACACUUGUGUGCAUCCCUAUACCAGCUGCGUGCCGUCCGUAGCCAGUUAACAUCGUGCAUCGUUCUGCAGCCACCUCCCCUGCGAAGACAGGCGUAUGGCUGGGGGACAGGGCAGAGCGGAGCUCCCGCAGCUUUUUGGGGUGGAUGUGACCGGUCCAACACCGCACGUCUUUGCACCGUAGGGCAGAGAGGGGCCACGGGAGGCACCUUCCGUAGCAGUGCCGGGCACGGGCCGGUGCCGAGCAGCGCGAUAGCGGGGGUAUAAUGUGGGACGCUCGGAGACGGCGAGGCCAAGCCCCACUCCGAGAAGGAGCGACCGCCGCCCAGCCCCGGCCCGGUUCCCCACGCCCACGUGGGCAGCAGAGCCGGCACCGCGGGAAAACGCGCUCCCGCCCCGCCCCUAUUGGGCGCUUCCCGCCAGUGACGCCCGUGCCGCCCCGCCCCCCGCGCGCCACGGGGUGGGGCCGCUCCCUCAGCCCUCGCCCUCUAUAAAGAUGGCGGCGAAGUCACGGCGCCGCUCAGUACUCAAGAUGGCCGCUUCGCGCCGCUGCCGCCCCCACUCGCCAGGCGUUCCAUGGCGCGGCGCAGUGCCGGCGGCGAAGGGGUGCGCUCCCGGCGUGCCUUGCGCGGGGCGGGACGGCUCGGCGCGGUGGCUGCCGGGAGCUGUAGUGCGGGGCCGCCGGCGGUCACGUGUCGCGCCCGGCAGUGGCCGCGUUGGGAGCGGAGGCGCCAAGAUGGCGGCGCUGCGGGGCGGAGCGGUGCUCCCCGCCGCCGGGGUCGGGGCCGGGGUCUGCGGCGCUUCGACCGGAUCCGCCUCGCGGGGACCGGCGGGCGGCGGCGCCUCUCGCCAGCCACCUCUGCGCGCCGGUAGCCCCCUGCAGUGUUUCUCCUUUGAGGAGGAUGACCUGAACUUGUCGCUGGAUACAGAAGCCAUCCCAGAGGCUGAGGAGAUCCUGGGGACAAUGCAGAACUACCUUGACUCCUCCGUCAUCUCCAUCAUCGAGGACCUGUCCCUAAGUGAGGGCAAGGCCUGCCUGGAUGCACAGAAUGAGCUGUCCCUGCUCACUGCCAUCACGGAGAUCCUGGACAGCACAGAUGAUGAGACCCUGUCCCCCUUUGACACCAUUGUGGACACAGAGCUGCUGACCUCGCUGCGGGAGCGGGAGAACCCCUCGUUCCAGAAGUUUCUCAGCCUAUCCCGGCCAGUUCUUGAGUGCAAGAGCCCUGCCUUGGAGCAGCCCAAGGGUCUCUGGUCCCUCAGCAGCGGUGGCAGCAUAGCUGAAGCUGGGAAGACUGAUGUGGACUUGGCCUGGGACUGCAUUGCUCACAGCCUGGAGGACCCAUCACCACCAAAGAAGCAAACCUGCAGCACCCCGCGGGUGGAGAGGAAGCAGGGGUGGCCCCGUGCCCAUGAGCAGCUCCCCCUGCAGCGUAGUGAUGGGGAGGAGGAAGAUGAGGAGGCUGCCUCCAGCCCGGAGCUGGACAGCAGCUUGGAGGCUGCAGAGUUCUCCAUCAGUGUGCCCGAGGUGGUGGCAGAGGAGCACGAAGACCCCUGUGUCAUCAACACAGGUGAUGUGUCACUGAGUGAGCUGGUGAAGUCCAUGCACCCCUACUGCCUGCCCACCUUCACUGUGUGUGUGGACCCUGAGAGCGAGCCCAUGGCCAAGGAGCUACUGAGCGGUCCUGUUGUGCUGGAGAUCGUACCCAGGGAAGGUGAGAACAUGGAGAUCCCUGUGGUGCUGCAGUCACUGGCCCCCAGCUUCCCUGACCUGGAGCCCCAGCUACUGGGCACAGAGGGCAACGCAGAGUCAAUCCCAGUGCACGGAGAGGAGAUGUCAGGAGAUCCAGCACCUGAAACUGGAAUGGAGGAGGAGAAACCACCUGGGCAGGAGCCCUCAUGCACAGCCCUGGACAGCAAGACCCCUGUGGAGACUGCAGUGAGCAGCAAGCGUGAGAUUUGUGAGAAGGGACGUGGCCGUGAGAGAGCAAGGAAGAGUAGGAAAAAGAAAGUGGAGGAAGGCCCGAGUCAGGAGGGCCAGCCAGGCAGAGACUGCAUGGCACACCGGCUGCGCUCAGGCAGGUCACGGCGGGCAGCACGGCCCUCACUGCAGGUCUCUGACUUCCUGGCACGGCAACUGGAGCAAGCACGGAAGGAGGGGCAGAUGGAGCUGCAUGCUGAGCGGGCACCACAGCCACGUGGCCGCCCCCGGGGCAUGGCAGGGACCUCCCUGCCCACGAAGGAGCCCCCGGAGCUGCCAAAAGAGUUGGAGCCAGAAAUGACAGGCACAGUGCUGGAGAAGGGUGAGACUGCAGUGCCUGUGGAGAAAACCACAGAGGAGCCACUAGCAGCGAAGCAACCCAGCGCGGUGGAGCAGGAGGACAAAGGGGCUGAACAGCCAGAUGUUGAGAUGCCGAAGCAGGAUGUAGGCAUGGAGCCCCCCCAGAGAGUGCCCACAGCAGAGCCAAAUGAGACCCUGCCCAAGGAGCCCAAGCCCAAGGCCCUGAGCCUAAGGGAGUAUCGCAUGCGCAUGCAGCACCGCCAGUCCAGCAUGGGCAGUGGGAAGGAGGGCAAGAAGGAAGCAGCCAGCAAGUGGCCCAGUGUCCCUGAGCCUCCCACCGAGCUGGCAGACAUUCCCUGCCUGGUGGCACCUGCACGCCCACCCACUGAAACACCUAGGGCUCAGAAGAGCCUGGAGAAAUCAGCGAGUUCCCCUGCUGGGCCUCCUCCUGCCAGCAAAGCACCUGCAGCUCCAGCGCCAGCCCCGGCUCCAGCACCAGCUCCAGCACCUGCCUCAGCCCCACCUCCUCCAGUGACACCAGUACCUUUUGUUGCACCUACCAUGCCCCCAGCUGCUGGGGCAGCUCCCCCUGGGAUGCCACCACCGGCCACUACUGGUGCUUAUACCGUGUAUCCAUCUGUGCCCUCCUGGCCCUGCUUUGGUCCGCAGCCCCUGGGCUGCCACGCUUUGCCCCCACCACCUGGCGCUGGGCCCCCUGGCACUUUCCACAUGGUGCCUGGCCUCCCACCCCCACCCAUGUCCUGGCCCCCGCCGGCCCUGCCCCCCCCCCCACCUUUCAUCCCCGGUGGCCCCUAUGGCCCCAUGGGCUGGGCCCCCCCAUCCUACUGGCCAGGCAUUCCCAUUCCACCACCUCCAGUGCCUCCUUUGGCAUACGGUGAUCCUGCACUGCAGGGUGCAGCGGCCUCUUCGGUCCCGGCUGGUGGCCGCCCCAGCACAGCCCUCCUGCAUGGGCAGUCUCCCCCAGCCCCGGAGCUGCCAGCUAUCCCUGUGCAGCCAUCCCCAGGCAGUGAGAUGGGGACUGCAGGCAGCCAGGCCAGACCAGGGGUCAGCAGGGUGUUAAAUCCUCAGAGGCAGGCACGUUUGGUGGUGGAGAGUUCCUUCCCCAAGGGACCCUCAGCCCUGGCCCCCACCCAGCCACUAGUAACUCCGUCGGGUGCUGCUGCCCAGCCCAGCAUGGUCCCUCCUGCAGCACCAGCUCCAAAUGUGCCUGCUCCCACCCAAACCUUGGAGGAGCUCCCACCUGCAGCACCCAUCCAGCUCUCAAAGGCCCCCCUGGCUGUCGUUCCUGCAGAGGUGUCAGCUGCUGCUGUCCCUGCUGGGGGGUCCCCUGGCACCUACCUUACAGAGGAGGCUGUGGGGCCAGCCAAGACCCCGGUGGACAAGACCCCAGUGGAGCCACCCAGCCACAAGCCCAUCACCCAGCCUCUAGCACUGCCACCAAAACCAUGCCGGGAGAGCAGCAAGCCGCCCGCUGCACGGCCCUGGAGGCACCAACCACUCAUCAGCCCUGCACAGCCCAGCGACAGCAACCAGGACAUUGUGCAGGCCUUCAUCAGUGAGAUUGGGAUCGAAGCUGCCGACUUGUCCAGCCUGCUGGAGCAGUUUGAGAAAUCUGAAGCCAAGAAGGAGGAGGCUCCGGUGCAGCCCCCUGAGGAAAGGCGGCCAGCGAGGAGUGCUGGGUCGGAGCCCCAGCCAGAGAGGAAGCCCCCGGACAGCCUACAGGCCUCGGAGCUGGCCAACGUGGCAGGGCUCACCCCCCCGGCGACCCCUCCCCACCAGCUCUGGAAACCGCUGCCCACUGUCUCGCUGCUGGCCAAGACCAAGUCACCUGUCUCGGCACCUCAGGAAGGGAGUCAGAGGACCAUCAAGCUCACAAAACCUAAACCCCUGCCCCAGAGCAAGCUCCAGGGGAGGACCCCAGCACCUGGCAGCGCAGCCCCCAGCCACGUCUGCUCAGGUGACCAUGACUACUGCAUCCCACGCACAACACGCCUGGAGAACAGCAGCAUUGCUGGCACGCAGCCCCCUGCCACCGAGACCGGCUCCCGCUGGAACGUCAAACACCACCGGGACAUCACCAUCAAGCCCAUCUCCUCCUUAACCAAACGGACGCUGGACCAGCCCAAGCCGGCCCCCACCACUUCAGUGGGGCCCAGCCAGGAGUCCCCGGGGGCUGCCUGCCCAACCCCCCUGGAUUAUCGGACUAGCGUCCCCAGCAAGGCCGUCACUGGGGGUGGCAGCCCCGCCACCUCAGUGCUCCUGUCCCCAGCUGCAUCUCCCUGCCGGGACCAGGAGGUGUGGACCCCUAGCACCCAGCCUGGCCGUGUCGCUGCCAAGAAGUCCCUGCGCUGCUACCGGAGACCACAGGACUCGCCCAGCCCCUCUGCGGGCAGCUGGAGGGCCGGCCGCAGCCGGGCCAGCCGCUCCUUCAGUUCCAGCUCGGAUGGAGCUAGUGAGUCUUCAUCAUCAUCCUCAUCCUCCCGAUCCCGGUCACGGUCACUGUCCCCACCGCCCAAGCGGUGGCGAGGGUACCGUUCAAGAUGCUCCCACAGCUCGUCUUCCCGCUCCAGCUGUGGGUCGUGUGGCAGGUCCCGAGACAGGUCCUCCUCUUCCUCCUCCUCAUCCUCCUACUCCUCCCGGUCCCCAUCCCGCAGGCAGUCCCGCUCCCGUUCGCCCUCUCCCUGCAGGAGGAGUAACAGACGAAGAAGAUACAGUUAUGAUGCACAGGACCACUACCAAAGGCAGAGGAUCCUCCAGAAGGAACGUGCAAUAGAGGAGCGGCGAGUUGUGUUCAUUGGCAAGAUCCCCAGCAGGAUGACACGAUCGGAACUGCGGCACCGCUUCUCAGUUUUUGGGGACAUCGAGGAGUGCACCCUGCACUUCCGCUCUGAGGGGGACAACUACGGCUUUGUCACCUAUCGCUAUGCUGAGGAGGCCUUCGCUGCCAUUGAGAGCGGGCACAAGCUGCGACGCCCAGAUGAGCAGCCCUUUGAUCUGUGCUUUGGUGGCCGCCGGCAGUUCUGCAGGAGGAACUACGCCGACCUGGACUCCAACCGAGAGGAUUUCGAUCCAGCCCCUGUGAAGAGCAAGUUCGACUCGCUGGACUUCGACACGCUGCUGCGGCAGGCACAGCGCAGCCUGCGGAGGUAGCAGCAAGCACGGCGGAGCGCCCGCCCCCACUUUUAUACUCAAAUACAAAAGACAAAAAAAGUAUGGAGAGAAAGAUGAGGUUUUUAAGAAAAAGAAAAAGGAAAAAAAUUUGUUUUAUAACCAGUAUUUAAGGAGGACGGGCAGUUUCCCAUCAAUUGAAAGGGCCUAGGUGAGUGGCAGCCUCGGGCUUGCCGAGCCGUGUAAUAAAUGUGGAUGCCCAAA